GGGAGAAAAGAAACUGUCAAAAUUGUCAAUUGUCAAUUUUCGUCUUUUACCGAAGUUAGUUCAGAGAAAACCGUUCCAAAGACAACAUGCUGGACUUUGAGCAAUUUAAGAAGGAUGUCGAUCAGAUCCUACGUUGGCAACCGACUGCAUUUCCUUCGGCGACACCGCCCGAAACACCCAAAGUACCUUCCCUGUUUGACUUAGCUGCGGCGGUCCUCUCUAAACGUAUCGGGAAUCAGAAUAUUGACUAUUUUCAGGAUCAGGAGCCGCACGAUUUAGAGGACGAAGCGCUAUUUGCUAUGAUAGAGCCAUCAAGAUUGGCAAAAAUUAGAGCUGCUGCUCCUGUCAUCUUAAUACUUAUAAAUAAAUGGAAUCGCGACGAUGUUCAGAAUCAGGAGCUGUACGAUGCAGAGAAGUUUCCGCCAACCGAAGAAGGACUAAUUCCAGGAAUUAAAAUGGCUAUGGGGGCCCUUGACAGACUUUUAGAUGUAAUGAGUAUUGUCAAUGUUCCGGAUCAGGAGCCGACGAAGGGGUCAGAACACCAAGAGUUGCAGAAAGUGAAGUACAAUCUGACAGAGCCAGCAACAAAGCUAGAACUUCAAUUAACUGCCAGGGCAAUCUAUCAUCUUUUAAAAAAAUGGAGUAUUGACUAUCUUAUUACCGCAACUGCCGCAAUGGAAAAAAACGAAAUGCAAGAAAAUGGUGUGGAUACAUCUGAAUCUGAGAGGAAGGUGAAUUACCGCCGACAUUUGGAAGACGAAGAUCCUCAGCGUAACCCCCAGGUGGACGGCCCAAGCGCCAAAAAGCUAAAAAAAUAAAUUUGACGGGAGCACUGAGCUUUUGUUAAAUGUAUUUUCAUUUUAAUAAAGAAUUUACCUACUAAAAA